CUUUGCCCCUUGCUUUCCCGAAACAUAUGGUCCUCAAGGUACCUUGACCUCGACUACAUCGCUAGGUAGCAUACCAUACCAGUCUACAACCUACCUAUAUCUUUCUACUUACCUACCUACCUACAACACACCCUCAGUCUGAUCCAAUUCAAUCCAAUCCAAUACACCCUCCCUCAAAACCAAACCAUCCAUCAACAUCCAACAUGUCCCCAAACCCACGAAUCAUCCCUACCAUCGAACCAACCACCCUCCCCCGCACUCGUCAACAUCAAGCAGACGACGCAGGCGCAGACGCACCGCUGCACACGCAAAGCAGUCCCGAAAGAGAGCAAGAAGAUCCCAGCAGUCGCAUCCUAGGCAGGAGUAUCAAGCCGCCCGUGGUACGGCAUUAUAGUUGGAGUGAGGAGGAUCGGAAGCAUGCGUUGCAGGCGCGGUUGUUGGAGACGGAGGGGAGGGAGAUGGGGUUUUCGGAGGUGAGGGGUCAUGAUGGUGGUGAGAUGGGGGAUGAGUAGGAUGUUUCUGUGUGAAGUAGGGAGAUGGAAUUUGAUGGUAAUUUAUGGUUGAAGGUAGGAAUGGAUGGGAAUUUGAAUGAGAAUGUGGUGGUUUGUGGUUAAUGUCUGAUGUGAAUGUGAGGUUUAUGGGGUUAUUCCGUCAGAGUGAAUUCUGUUAGGGAGAUGGG